UAGGCGAAAAUAAGAAAAUAUACUAUAAUGGGUGUCAUAUACAAAAUACUGAAACAACAACGCCAUCAGCAGCAACAACAGUGCAUCAACAUGGAUCUGAGUAUGGCGACCAAGUGCAAGGUGCAGGCGGCGAUUAAACAGCGUCAGUUGCAGCGGCUCGAGUUGCUCCAGCAGGUAGAGCAACAAGAACAGGAGCAACAGGAGCAGCAGGAACAACAGGACAGUAACGAGGACACACUUGCCGAGCAGCAACUGCAGCAACUUUGCCGCUUUCUGGCCGAGAAUGCGGCACGCAAGAAGCGUCAGCGUCUCAGGCUGCAACAACAACAACAAUACAACCACACAGUCGGCGAUAAUGCGGAGCAGCCACUUUGCGAAUUGCAACCACCGCAUUCACCGCAUUCACCACAUGCACCACAGUCACCGCAAGCAGCUAGCACUCACGACAUGGACCUGCUUAUGGAGCACCUGAGCACAUGCAGCAACAGUGACGUCAUCGCCCAAGCAACAACCACAAUGACGAGCUUGUCAUCAGCUGCACCUCGGGACAGCAUCCUCCUCAAGAUACGUCAUCAGAUCUUCGAGCGCAAGCGGCAAAGGCAGCGCCAACUGGCCGAGCUGGUGAAGCAGCGAUUGGUCGUCUGGCGACCAUGGUGAAUGAGAGUUUUUACUGUAGUUGCUUCUAAGCAAUGCUCACUGUAUAUUCCUUUGCCGUGUGAUGUUCGCGCAGCUCUUCCAUUUUCCUAUGAUCACAACUUUAUUUUUUGUCUUUUUUUUACUG